GCGUUUCUCCACGCCCCUCUCAUUGAUCACCAAUGUCCAUGACGAAUUCAUCCAUAGCCUCAACAAAGUCGAUCGCUGGGAUUCAGGAAAAGGAUGACGCCCGCGUGAUCCCCAUGACCCGCCGACCUGAUGGCACAUACAGGAAGGAGCGCAAGGUCCGGCCUGGAUACACGCCUCCUGAGGAUGUGGCAAAGUACACGAACCGCGUCCUAGACUCUGUUCGUCCCGCCGCACCAAGUCCUUCGCCCUUGAUUGCUGCAGCCAACACCGCACCCAAGACUAAAGCGCAGCUCAAGAACGAUAAGAGGAAGGUAAAGCGUAAGGAAGAGCAGGCAACAUUGGAGGUCGCUGAUGAUGGUGGUGGAGUGUCCGCGAAUCAAACACAGAAACCAAAGGCAACAACAUCAGACUCCGCAGCGACUUCAAGCACUACUACCACCGCCGCAGCCGCAGCCCCCGCCGCCGUAAACACAGCAGAGUCAGCAAUGGAUCCUGAAAAGAAACUACGCGCGCUCAACAAGAAGCUGAGGCAGGCCGAGCAGCUAAAGGGGCGGCAGGAAAAGGGCGAGGAGAUGCUGCCGGAGCAACUGGACAAGAUCUCAAAGAUGGCAGAACUCCAGGUCCAGAUUGAGCAGCUGUCUAUCUGAUAUCGUAAUGGACAAAAGGAUGCUGUUGCUCACCAAAAAACAAGUUCGACAAUAAAAAGAGAGCUGUACAUGGUCUUUAUAGUC